CUUCUGGACUAAAUUGGAAGCACGAGCAGCAGCUUUAGCUUCCCAACAAGAGACUGCUGAACCAUGUGGAGUGAGCAGGCCUCAUCCGGACACCGAAGACAAGCAAGCUCCCAUUCUAUUGCCAAAAGCCAAUCAGGGCUCAACACCGCCAAACCAGCGACUGCCCGCUGUUCAUCGGGUGGGGACCCAUCACAAUAUCCCAUAUAGGAAGGACUUGGUUCCUUUGAGCCGCCAGGUCAGCGAAAUGGAGGCACUGGCCUCCACAGGGGCCCAGUCCUGGAUGGAUGACCUCACUCUAUGCUUCCCCAGCAGCCCCCCAGUAAAACUCUGCCUGCUUCUUAGGCCAUCUGACUAUUGGAAUUGGAUGAAGCCCGGAAGGAUAGAAUCGAGUGGUCUGCCCACGACGAGAGAGAGCCACGAGGCCUGA